AUGGUGCUCUCAUGGCUAUCCUACACAUGCAUAGCCAUACUCCUCGGAACUGUAUACAUCAGAAAACGACUCAGCGUCCGCACAUCCCAAAUAGAACGCGAUGCAGAAGCCGAGAAACCUGGCCGUCUUAGACUCGACGAUGGCCUAACAGCAUCUGGACGGCAACUGAAAGCCAAGCUCGUCGCAGCCAUUCCCCACAUCGUCAUCACGCCCGACAAGGCAACGGAAUUCAGAGAGUCGAUGAACGCGUAUUGGGACCAGAAAGCGUGUGAGGUACCGCCCGCAUGUGUUGUGCGACCCCGCAAUGUGUGGGAGCUAGCGCAGGCGGUCAAGAUUCUCAAACGCGAGUUCGAUCUGAGGGUCGAGCGAGCAAAGGAAACAGGAGAAAAAGGGGAAUCGAUUUUUGCUAUUCGGGGUGGCGGUCAUUCUGCUGUUGCUGGUGCGUCGAGCAUCAAAGGUGGGGUCCUUAUCGACUUGUCGCUCUUCAAACAGGUCGUUCCUGCUGAAGAUGGCCGAAGUGUGGUUAUUGGCGCGGGCUGUAAGUGGAUUGAUGUGUACUCAGAACUCGAGAAAGAGGGUCUCGCGGUCGCUGGUGGGAGGAAUUCUGCUGUUGGUGUGUCUGGCCUCACGCUCGGUGGAGGCCUCUCGUUCUUCUCGCCGCAAUACGGGUUCGUGUGCAGCAACGUCCUUGGAUACGAGGUCGUUUUAGCAGAUGGAAGGAUCGUAACUGCUUCGGAGUACGAUAAACCUGAUCUUUGGCGUGCACUCAAGGGCGGAGGAAACAACUUCGGCGUCGUGACAAGCUUCACAGUCCGUAGUUUCGCUGCGAAAAGCGUAUGGAGCGGCUUCAUCUAUCUCCUUCCAUGGAAAGCGCCUGGUGUGCUCACAGCAUUCCAUGAUACCGCCUCGAGAACACUGGCCGGUGGGCUAGACCAACGCUUCGACCCCUACGCCGCUGGCCCUCUGGCAUGCUUCACGUACCUCCAAUCCGUUGGCAUCCAAGCAAUCUCUGUGCACCUUGUUCACACCGCGCCAGACACGAAAGAAAGAGGCUGGCCGGAAUGUUGGCGCAGCUCUGGGUUCUAUAAGAUUGGGCGUGUGUGGAGUACGUUCAAGAUCCGCAGUCUGGUUGGUGCGACAGACGAACUCAGUGUUUUGAACCCGCCCGGACGACGACAGGAAUUUGCGACUACGACGAUCAAAAACGAUAAGCUGACGCUGGAGGCGGCGCAUAAAGCAUAUCGUGAUGCGAUACCGAAGAUCAAGAAACAUAGUAUCAAAGGGAUGAAUUGGACGCUUGUCCUUCAGCCUUGUUUACCUUCUUGGGCGCGGAAGGGCGAUGCGAACCCGCUGGGCCUUGACGAAGGAUCUGAUGAUCCGCUUGUGAAUGUACAAUUCACAGUGAACUGGGCGUUGGAACAGCAUGAUGAGGUAGUGAGGGCUAUCACUAGAGAAGCGAUCGAGCAGAUUGAUGCUUUUGCCACUGAGCAUGGGACGAGUCAUCGGUAUCGCUAUCUAAACUACUGCGCGGCGUGGCAAAAGCCAUUCGAGAGCUAUGGGGAGGAGAAUUUAAGAUUCUUGAAAGGUGUUAGUGGAGACGUCGAUCCCGAGGGAUUAUUCCAGCGUGGUUGUAGAGGUGGUUUCAAGUUGGGGUAG